AUGCGUAAGUCUUUCCUCCGUCACAUGAUCUGCGCCUCACUAUCCCCUUAUCAGCACUUAGCGCGUCGGCAAGCUCUCCGGGGUGCUUAGGCAGCGCCCGUUUGUCUCCACUGGACCAGUGGCAGUCUCGGGAGCCUUGCACGCGUCUGGCUUGUCCGUCCCUUACUUCCAGAUAAAACACCCCCCUCCGCCUCCUCCCGCGACUCUCUCCUGUUCCCUUUCGACUCACACUCUCUGCCUUCGAGAUCGAGGCUGCCGUACGCAUAUGGGAACCUCCGCUGACGACCCCGACCCAGACCGUUACCGCACCCAGGCACACCGAACUGCCAGCCAACGCAGCCUACCCACUGUUGCGAACCAGGGAGUCCUUCUCCCCUCACACACCACCUCCAACCUCUCCAAAUCCACCGAAGCUGGCGGGCUAGACGAGCAAGAUGGGCCGGGCGGACCACCGUCUCGUCUCCCAGCUGCGCGUGCGCGCCGCGGCACACCUGGAGGCGGAUCACAGCUCGAUGGAAUUCGAGACAUCCAAGGAGGCGAUCUUGAGAAGCCCACGCACAACGACACCGCGGACUCAACAUCUCAGUCCCGAGCUCCUUCAACUCCACCUCCGGAUAAGUCCGAAGAUGCGAGCCCUGGAGAUUCCGCCAUAGAGUCCACCGAGCAAGAUCAGAACAAGAAACCACCUAUUCCUACUCGCAUGAAGAACGGAUGUCUCCGUUUCAUCCAGCACCUGAAGAAUGCCAUCUUUCGCAGCUGGAUCAACAUUCUGCUCAUUGCUGUGCCUGCUGGUAUCGCUGCCGGAGCAGCCAAAAUCACCCCAGGCGCCAUAUUUGGUAUCAAUGCUGUUGCCAUCAUCCCUCUUGCAGGCCUACUCGCCCACGCUACUGAAGCUGUGGCCAGCCGCCUCGGAGACACCUGGGGAGCUUUGCUCAAUGUAUCGUUUGGCAAUGCUGUCGAACUCAUCAUCUUCAUUAUCGCCCUAGCCAAGGACGAGAUCAACAUCGUUCAAGCUUCUCUCCUCGGCUCCAUUCUGGCCAACUUACUAUUGAUCCUGGGCAUGGCUUUUCUCUUCGGAGGUCUCCGCUUCCGAGAGCAAAUCUACAACAGCACUGUCACUCAGAUGAGCGCCUGUCUGCUCAGCUUGAGCGUCAUGAGUUUGCUUCUGCCUGUGAGUUGUCUCGUUCUCAACCCAAACUAGAUUGCGCUAACCACAUCUCAGACUGCCUUCCACGCUUCCUUCAAUCAGUCGUCCGCAGCGUCUGCCGAUACUUCCGUCCUCAAGGUCAGCCGUGGCACCAGUGUUGUGCUGCUGCUCGUCUACAUACUCUACUUGCUGUUCCAGCUCAAGUCUCACGCUUACAUGUACGAGAGCACGCCCCAGGAAGUCAUCGACGAAGAAUCGCACCCUGGAGUCUUGCACGACAUGAUGAAUUCGUCUUCUUCGGAGUCUAGUAGCUCUGACUCCAGUUCCGACUCGGACUCUUCGGACUCGGGAUCCAUUGCCACGCGAACGAAAAAGAUGAAGCGCAUGUUCAAGCACAGGAAGCGCCGCAAGUCCAGUGCUAGCGCUAGCAGUGGGCACACCGGAGAUAAGUCAGUGCUUAGUUCGCCGUCAACGCAGGAGCGUCAGGACCCCAUGGGCAGCGGUUCUGCGUCUCGACGUGGAUCCCAUCAUGCCCCUAUCACCGCUACUCCGGACGAUGCAGACGCAGAGGACAAUAGUGUUAGCCGCGUGUUUGACUGGGCCAAACGUCAUCCGAGCAAUGACGGAAACAAGUCCGUAGAGAUCGAGCCGCAGAAGCGACACAAGAAGCACUCCAAGAAGAAGCACAGGAAGCAUCGUAAGGAGCGAAAAGAGGAGAUCGACGCCGAGAAGGACGUGAUCGUCGAGGAGAAGCCACAGCAGGACGACAUUCAGCCCAAGGUUGGCUUCGCUGACGAUGUCGAGGUUGUGCCAUUCCAGCAGAACACCACGCAGCCGUCGAAGUUGCCGUUUAACAUGCGCCAAAUUUCUUCGCGCACGCCCGGUCUCCGGCCCGUCAUGCAGAAGAUGCUCUCCAACAACGUCUUUGCCCAGCCUGCGCCACAGCCUGCUACUCGACCUUCUAUCACUCGCUCGCAAUCGGCCGGCAAUUUGCGCCGCACAAACUCGCUCCCAGAUCGCCUCAAUCGUCAAACUACGCCUGGUAGUACCAGCGGCACAACUCGCAGCGAUGCACUGCCACCAUAUCAGCACCGCCGUGUCCCUGUUCGUAAGGUGAACUCGGGAAUGUCGCAGGAGAAGGACGACGACGACGAAGAACCAGAGGAGCAGAUGUCUCGCACUGCCGCUACCGUCAUGUUGCUAGUAUCCACCGGCCUUGUCGCUGUCUGUGCCGAAUUCAUGGUCGACGCGAUUCCCGAAAUUGCUGGCGAUUCAUCUGGACUUAGUGAAGCCUUCAUCGGUCUGAUUAUCCUGCCCAUCGUCGGAAACGCAGCAGAGCACGUUACGGCCGUCACGGUUGCGACAAAGAACAAGAUGGAUUUGGCCAUUGGUGUCGCAAUUGGCUCUUCCAUCCAGAUUGCUCUGUUCGUGACGCCCGUGGUCGUCCUUCUCGGCUGGAUCCUCAAUACGAACAUGAGUCUGUACUUCAACCUCUUUGAGACCAUCAGUCUGUUCGUCACGGCUUUCGUGGUGAACUUCCUGAUCCUGGACGGCCGCAGCAACUAUCUCGAGGGCAGUCUGCUCAUUGCGGCGUACAUCAUCAUCGCGCUCGUUGCGUUCUUCUAUCCUGCAAGUGGCUCUCAGAGCGACGUUGGUGGAGGUGCAGGGUCUGCUGCUUAG